AUGGCACAAUGGUGGCAGAUCCUCUUGGGAUUGUGGGCAGUCAUGCCCACCUCAUCAGGGGACAAGCCAGUCAACAUCUGCAUGAAUGCCAAGCACCACAAGCAAGAGCCUGGCCCAGAAGACAAGCUCUACUUGGAGUGUGCUCCCUGGAAGGACAAUGCCUGCUGCACGCUCACCACAAGCUGGGAAGCCCACCUGGAUGAGUCCUUGCUCUUUAACUUCAGCAUGAUGCACUGUGGACUGCUGACCCCCAUGUGUCAUAAGCACUUCAUCCAGGCCAUCUGCUUUCAUGAGUGUUCCCCCAACCUGGGGCCUUGGAUCCAGCUGAUAUCUCCCACUCUCUCUGCCUGCACCCAGGUGGCCCCGAACAGGCAAGAAGAGCGGGUUUGGGGCGUGCCACUGUGCCGGGAGGAUUGUGAGGAGUGGUGGAAAGACUGCAGUUCAUCUUACACUUGCAAAUCCAACUGGCGGAGUGGCUGGGACUGGAGUCUGGGGAAAAACCGCUGCCCGGUACAGGCGCCCUGCCGCCCUUUCUCGGAUGUAUUCCCCACCCCCACUGAUCUGUGUGAGAAGAUCUGGAGCAACACAUUCAAGGCCAGUUCUGAGCACAGGAAUAGCGGCCGGUGUCUGCAGAAGUGGUUUGAGCCCACCCAGGGCAACCCUAACGUGGAAGUGGCCCUCCACUUUGCCAGCUCUGCCUCAGCCCGGGAGCUGUCUUACAGCCUCUCAGUCUUCUCUCUGUACCUGCUGCUCCAUUCCUGA